CCUUGGUCAACAUAGUGCCAUCUUACUCUGUCAACAUGACUGUUCAACUCAGCUUUCUGCUUAUCCUCACUGGAAUUCACAGUAUAACUACAGUCAGUGACGUGUCAGUGAAGGCUGGAGAUUCCAUCUCUAUCCCAUGUCUGUAUGACUCACAAUACAGAGACAAUGUGAAAUACUUAUGUAAAGGAUAUUAUUGGUUCUCCUGCUCACUUACAGUUAAAGCAAACCAACAAAAUUCUGAAAAGUUUUCAAUCUCUGAUGACAAAACCCAAAGAAUCUUCACUGUGACUAUAAAAAAUCUGACAGAUCAGGACAGUGAUUACUGGUGUGCUGUGGACGUUACUGGAGCUUUAGAUGUUUUAAAUUAUUUUCACCUGUCAGUCACUGGUGGUUCACCCGGUCUUUAUGUGGAUCGUCAAGAGAUUACAGGAGUUAUUGUAGAAAACAUAACAAUCAAUUGUUACCAUCACAACCCUGGAGAAAUGAAGUGGUGCAGGCGGGGCAGCUCCUGUGUGACGGGGUCAUCUGGAUCAAUAGAUGGAACAACAGUGGCCAUCAAUGCAAGCAUCUCAAAUGUUUUCACUGUGACUAUGAGUGGACUGAGGACACAGAGCCGCGGCUGGUAUAUGUGUGUCAAAGGAGACUUUCAGAUGCCAGUGCAUUUAACUGUCAGUGAACGACCAACGACCAGUAAGUACUAUAAAUAAUUAUACAAUCUAAAUAUGACAUAUAUUUUAUAACAGUAAUUAUUUGUCAAGUGCAGU